AUGUCUUCAAAGGAGGCGGAUGAUGUGUCCACCCGUGAGAAGCUUCAACGCAGGAUUCACGAGUUAGAACUGGAGCGAAAUCGGAUUUUAGUGGAAAAGCAGGUUUUGGAGGAGAACGCGCGUGCGGAGCACCGCCUUGCUGAUAAGUUGAUAACACAGACCCUUCGACGGCGCAGGACUCGCUAUUCCUCGCUCAGACACUACUCUGGUAGACGCGAUAGACGUACGGGAAGCACAGAGUCUUUCUAUGCGUCGGAGACUUCAACCGAACGCCAUGCGAAGCGACGAAAGGGCCACAGAAAAAAGGCCUCAAAACCCACUCCAAAGGCUACAGAAGAUGGCUCUUCAGAAAAUGAGGAAAUCAAUGUAGUGCCGAUUGGUGAUCUGCAGCCAUACAAGCCUACUAUCCGUCCAAAAGUGUCUCUCCUUGUAGGAGAUUCUUACGCGGACAAGAUGAACACGAGGGAGCUUCACAGCACAAAGGUUUUUGGUGUUCCUUCAGUGACAAGUUUGAUGUUACAGAAGGCUCGACUGAAUCUUCAAGCAGUUGAAAGAGACCUUCAGGCGCAUACUGCAACUCCUGAUAUCAAUUCAUCUGAUUACUUGGAGUAUUUGAAGAAAAAGUAUUUGACAUAA